AUGUUUUCUAUGCUUGUAGAGUUGUUCAAUUACCUCGAAUCAUCUCCUGCCACUCCAAACAGUACUACUUUGAAUUCCGGGAAUGGACUCAAGGCCUGGGGUAGCGCCUCUUGGCUAGCUAGUUGCUUGAUAGCUUUCUUUGAUUACUGCAAGAUGGGAACGAAAAGGCCUAGAAGUAUUAAUUUAGAAAAAGCCGAAACAAUCAAUGUUGGUGUUAUAGUUGAAGAUGGAGCCUUAAGGUUGGAGAAAAAGAUGAUUAGUUUGGAAGAAAAGGUGGAUGAUAUGGUUCGUCGCAUGGCCUAUAUGGAUUCGAAGAUAGAUAGGUUGUUUGAUUUGAUUAAUUCUCUUAUAGAGGGAAAACAUUCAAAAGAGGAUCCCGAAUCUCGUGAAAAAUCAGGUGCUGCCGCUAAAAAAUUUCGUCAUAAUUUUGAAUUUGAUGCCUCUCUGAGUGGAAUGGGUGGAAUGGGUAGAAAAAAAUCACCUGAUGUGCACAUAGUGUUAAGUGAUUCAUCUGAAGAAGUUUCUUCCAAACGUAUGAGUUCAAAAAAUGACACAAAGAGUCCCUUGAAGAGUAAGGGUGUUGAAGAGGAUUUUAGUAAGGAAGAGAAGAAUGUUUUGAAGUACAUCUUCGAUGUAAACCACAGUCCCGAUGAAAAGAUCGUGGAGAUGUCAGGAGAAUUUGGAGAAAGAACACGGUUAACAGAACUACCGACUUCAAACUGGCUAAGUGCAGAACAAUACAUUACCGAAAGGAAAAAUGGUUGUGAUGCUGGUUGCAUAUAUCGUUAUUUCUUGCGUGAAGAUAAAUAUGGAAGGAAUAUUAAAAAAUGUGAAAAGCUCAAGUAUUUCCAUGAGGCUAUAGAGAUUGGAUGUGGUACAACUUAUAGUGUCAAUAUUUCUAAAUUUCCUGCGAAAAUCGCGCAAUGGGCACCACAACAAAAGAAUCUUUAUGAUUGUGGAUUAUUCACAAUAAGAUUCAUGCAACUAUAUGACGAGCUACGGGCCGGGAUGCAUUUCAGCAUUGAAAACUCACAUUUGGAGAGAAGGAAAAUAACUAUUGAGAUAUUCUACCAUAAGCAAAUGAAGCCAAGGAAGAGAUACUUAGAAAAAUAG